AUGACAGAGAGUCCACAAACAGCUUCCGUUUUAUCAUCAGCAUCUGUAUUUGGUGUUGAUCCGCAUCUAGUUCGAUAUGGUUCAAUAUUUCUACUUAUAGUUGGUACAUUUGGUAAUGUUCUUUCGUUUAUUAUAUUUUCUCACGGAACACUACGAAAAUCAUCAACAUUUCGUUAUCUUGCAAUACUAUCAUUAAUGGAUUUAUUAGUCCUUUAUUCUGGCUUACUGGAUUUAUUUCUUACCAUUGAAUAUGGUGUAGCAUUUUCAUUACGAAAUUUAAAUCCAAUAACGUGUCGUUUACAUACAUUUAUAACAUAUUGGUCUCAACAUUCAUCAUCGUGGAUAUUAUCCUUUAUAUCUGUUGAUCGUGCUGUAGCAACAAAUUGUAUACAAUUUGCAAGAAAGUUUUGUACACCACGUUCAGCUGAAUAUAUCGUUGCAUGCAUAUUAGUCAUAAUAGCUUUACUUAAUUGUCAUGAAUUAGCAUAUCUUCGUUUACAAGAUAAAGAUCCAAUGGAUUUAGUAAUGAAUACCAAUGAACAUACAACAUUAUCACCGUUGCAUUUUAAUUUAUCAACACAAUUUUCAUUUACAUCAACGUAUUUCGAUAUUAAUAAUAUUCACAAUAAUAGUAACAAUGGCAGUGAUGAUAGUAGACAAAUGCAACAAAAACGAAAUUUAGAAUCAGCAUUCUUUUUACCUUCAAUCUGCAAUAAUGCGAGAUGGAAUUUUUUAUGCUCAAGAGAAAAAAGAGAUUUAUCACCAUCACCAUCAUCAUCAUCAUCAUCACCAUCGAUGUCAAAUCGCUUUUUGUAUCCAUCAUUAGCUACAGCCAUUCCAAAUGUAACAACAAACGCAUUACUUUUUUAUUCAUCAACUACAAGUUUAACUGUACGUCAAUGUGCUGCAUUAAAAGGAAGUCGAUACGAAUAUUUUUGGGAUCAUGUCUGGGAAUGGGUUGAUGUAUGUCUUUAUGCACUUAUUCCAUUUACUGUCAUGAGUAUUGGAACAUUUUUAAUUGUUUAUCGUGUUUAUUAUCAACAACGACGUGUAUUUCGUACACGUCGUUCAGGAAAGAAUAGUCAUGCGAUCGGAGCAACACCAAAUAAAGCAAAAAGUUUAUUUUAUUUACUCUUUACACUUAAUUUACUUUAUUUUAUUCUUGUGAGCCCCGUUGUAUUUGUAACAACUAUUUUAUUUCGUGAUCCAAAUGAAGAAGUUGCAUAUCCACGUUUUAAGGCUAUUAUUUAUCUUAUGCAAUAUUGUAAUCAUUCAUUAAAUUUUAUUUUUUAUGGUAUAACUUCGCCACCAUAUCGUCGAACAUUAUGUGAGUGGUUUAAAAUCAUAAUUCCAUAUUUACCACAAUGUUGUCAAGGAACAAUUCGACGGCGAUCAAAAGCUAUUCAAACAAGACUACCAACUCGUGUACAAACUGUGGCAUCACAACAAAUAAGACUAUUAAUUGAUAAUGAUCAGCCGAAUCUGACUCAAGAACCUAUGAAUGGUACUAAGCAACACCGAGAGAAAGAAUCUAUUUCUCUUAUACCAAGAUGA